AUGGAGGAUUCAGCUUCCAAGUCGUUCGAAGCUUUCGAAUCCAAGCAGCCGUUUCCCCCUCUGCUUGAUGAUCUCACUUCACCCGAGGCGCAGGAGAUCUAUGCGGAGGACGAGGUCAUCUCUCCCGGCUACGAUGAGAUCGAGGUUGAGGACGAUGCCGAUUUCCAGUCGCACUACUCGCUAGAUCCUCAAUCACUCUCUGAUUCCGAGUCCGAUGACUCGGCCAACAAUAUUGGGAGGCAUCAUCCCUUCCGACAGUCAUCCAGCUCACUUCAUGGCCCCAAUGCCUUUGCGCCUCCUUUUUACAACCGCCCGCCAACACCUCUGCCUCCGUCUCCUUCAUUGACAUCGCUGCUUCGACCGCCCUUCUCGACAACGACCUCACGUCCGACCACUCCAGAUAGCUCCGAUGUUGAAACCCCCAACGACACUGAGGCCGCCGUGGCCAAAUCAGCGCGUCGCGCAACAACCGUCCCGCGCGCCAGUCCUAAGGUCCCGACCUACGAGUAUUACGGCUUUGUGCUCUAUCUAGCUUCAUCACUUGCAUUCUUGAUUUAUCUCCUGUGGUCAUACCUGCCAUCCCCAUUCCUCCAUCAGCUCGGAAUUUACUACUACCCCAAUCGCUGGUGGUCCCUAGCUAUUCCAGCAUGGCUUGUCAUUUGCAUCGUCUACAUUUACGUCGCACUCGCUUCCUACAACACUGGCUAUCUGACUCUGCCCAUGAACAGCAUUGAGAACGUUGUGGAUGAAGUCGCGAACGUAGCGGUCAUUGAUGGAAAGGCUCGAAGAAGACCAGGCGGAGCUACCAAGAUGAAGCCCGGCGCAACAUCCUACCAAGUUAUGGGCCCGCAGAAUCGCAAAGUCAAUUGGUGGGAAAUUUGGAGUGAGGGAACUGAUGCCGUUAUGGAUAUCCCGGUCGGCGGUGUGUGCGAGGUCUUGUACGGUCAAGAGCGCGAUGAGGAUGAAGUUUUACAUACAAACUCCUUUGCUGCUGAAUUAUAG